AUGGACAAGCUACUCGCACUCUUGUUUUUGCUGACAUUCUUCAUAUUCAGUAAGGAUGUCAGAGUCAAGGCUGGCUUUAAAGGCUCGGGCCAUGCCAGCCUCACCCUUAGUGAUGGCACUCAGGACCAACUGGCAUACCACCAUCAGGACCAUCGUGAUGGAUGGCUGUCUGGCCAAAAAGAGUCGACAUUCACUCUCAGGGUUCAGGUGAAGAAUGGAGUGAGCCAACAGCCGCUGAGCCAUGCAUCCCUGGAAGUGUUUGCAAACUACACACUCAUCAACUCCACCACAACCGGCAGGGACGGUGUCACUGUGCUCAGGGUGCCAUACACACACAGCCAGCCUCUCAUGCUGGUGGUCAGGAAAGAUGGUUAUAUCCAAACGCCAUUGCUUUGGAAAACCACAAAAAUACCAAUUUUUUCAUCUGUGACACUGCCACUUUUCUACCAACACCAAGGAAACAUAUGGCUGUUUGAAGAUUUGGUCGUCAUAACAGGCAAAAUGUCUGAUACUGUGCCUCCUGCAAAUGUGCAGUUCCCAAAGAGACUGCUCUCUCUACCAGACAACAACAUCUCUUCAUUAACAGCCUACCUGACUGUCCCCCGACUCUCUGCAGACAAACAUUUCUUCCCCAACACCACAGGCAUCAUCAUGAGCAAGUCAGGAUAUAGGAGUGUUGAGUUAAACCCAAUUGCAGCAGUUAGUGUCCAGCUCUUGUAUAAUGGAAGAGAUGUGCAGAUAUCAGGCCCUGUCCAGAUCACACUGCCUCUCAUUGAAAGCAGCCAAUCACAGCUCUCCUAUACUGUCCCAGCCUGGUCAUUGGACAGAAAGACUGGUGCAUGGGUGAACCGUGGUCUGGGAACAGUUCAAAUGGAGGACAGACAUUUGGUUUGGGUCUACAUCGCUCCCCAUCUGGACUACUGGAUUGCUGCCCCUUUUCCCUCAUCCACUGGUUACAUGGGACAUGAAAGCACUCUGGACUUCAUUUCAUACAAUGCAUACCUUCUUGUUCCCGUAGUAGGAGGAGGUUUAGUGAUUGCUGUUGGGUUGCUUGCUGUGGUGUCAUGCUAUUGUAGAGACUCCCUGUGUCAGCGAAAAAGAAAGCGAGUCCACAGCCGAAAAACAGCAAUUCAGAAGAAAGAGCAAACCAAUGGUAUAAACAACGAGCAGUUGGACAUUUCUUUUAAAGCUCCAACAUCUCACAAACACAGGCAUCGUUUAACCGUAUUCCAAAGCACAUCAGUCUGUCAGAGGGAUCAGCCCGAGAUGAAAAGGAAAUCCAAAAGGAGAAUGGGGAAUACUGGCCAGGCAGAAAUUCGAAUCCAUGAAAAGAGAGCUAAUAUUGCUCAGGAAUCUUCAAAAACCUUACAGACACCACAAAAUGUCAACAGUAGUGAGUUUGUGAUACCUGUCUCUCUGCAUGAAAAUGUGCGUCUUCCAGAAAGCUUAGUUCUAUAUAACCAGUCUGUAGCUUUGAUUCAGGUUCCACAUCACGUCACAUCAUCAAACCAAGCAUCAGGAAGUAGGUCUGCCACACUACCUAGGAAGACAAUCCAAUGCACUGACAUGGAUGAACCCGUUAACAAGCAAACUUUACCAAAACCGGCGCAACUUUCAGAGGUUCAACAGCAAUCUCUAUCUAUGGAAACACCAUAUGGUGAGCCCAGAGCAAAAGGCUGGAGUUGCUUGUUGGAGUCUGUAUCCGUCCCAGAGACACUGAACAAAGCUACAGGGAUGGACACUUCCUGUGGGACUCAUCAAGGAAGCUCUGAGCAGACACUACUGGACCUGUCCAAAAGUAAGCCCUUUCCUCAUCCAAAAGCCUGGUUUGUUUCUCUGGAAGGAAAACCUGCUGCACAGGUCUGCCACUCCAUCGUAGACCUUCGGAAAUGUCACCUCCUACUCACUGACAGUCAUGACACGAGCAUGGAUUCAGGCGUCGACCUCAAUGAGCAGCAGCGAAAGCAGAACCAGAGCUCUCCGAAAAGAAGCACAGCUCACACACGGGCAAUGUACUCAGAGCAUGCAGAUCUGAGCAGCUGUGAGAGUGGUACAAUCAUAGCCUGCACCCCAGAAGAGCUCUCGCUCAAAAACACACACCAGGGCAGCAGUGGAACCGUGUCCAACUUGCCAGAGGAGAAAUGUGAUGAUGAUACGUCAUAUGAGGGCAGCGAAUGUGCACCAAGCCCUAGAGUACAAAGGCUCAGGAAGGCAAGGGAAAAGCCAAUAAGCACCUGGCACUUGAGGGAAGAAAGACCGCUUAUGAAGCUAAACUAA